UCGGGAUAUCCCAAUUCCCAUCUCAUCACCCACCGUUGACCUCACUUCUCCGCAAUUAACCUCCGAUUCUUUGCCAAGAUCAUAGAAAUCAAGAUCGUAGAAAUCACAAUCAUAUAAACCAACAUGUCUUCGGUAGCGUGUAUCUUCUGCAGGAUUAUCAAAGGCGAGAUCCCAAGCAUCAAGCUCUUCGAGAGCGAGAAGACGCUCGCCUUCCUCGAUAUCAACCCUCUCAGCAAGGGCCAUUCCCUCAUUAUCCCCAAAUACCACGGCAAGCACAUCACCGAUAUCCCCGACGACCACCUCCUCGAGGUCCUCUCCGUCACCAAACGCAUUGCCCGCGCCGUCGGCGCCGAGAACUUCAACGUGCUGCAGAACAACGGCCGGAUCGCGCAUCAGAUGGUCGAUCAUGUGCAUUUCCACAUGAUCCCGAAGCCGAACGAGGAGGAGGGGUUGGGAAUCGGGUGGCCAAUGCAGGAGCCGGGGACGGAAAAGCUGAAGGCAUUGGGGGAGGAGAUUAAGGCGAAGAUGUGAGGAGCAUGCGAUAGGUGGGACAUGGGGUGGUGGGACAUUGCAUGGCAUGAUGUAUAUGAUGCUACGUUUGAUAUAUAAUAACAGAGCUAUCUCCAGCUCCAUAAAGAUG